AUGGUCGACGAAAAACACCCUUACGAUCCCCAUGAGAGCCUCCCCAUCCCCACAUAUGAGGAAGCCACCUCGUCGCGGCCCCCGUCGGCCCUCUCACACCUCGGCCCCAACGAGGUCAGCGACGAUGCGGAGCGGCAAGGUCUGCUGGGCGGCCGCGGCGGAGGAAGCAGCGGCGGAGGGGCAUCACGUCGUCCGGAUGGAUACCAACAGCCGUCGGUCGAGUCAGUCCGGGAUAGCAUGGAGAGUGACCUGUCGUUACCCGACAUGGUCGAGGAGAGCGAGGACGAGGAGUCGGGCCUGCAUCGCGAGAUGGAACAGCUGGAGGUCAUCGAGGCCGGUGGCCAGCCCCACGGCAGCCGUCGCGCCCGCAUGAACAUGAGCUUCUCCAAGCGCAUUUCAAGCAUCGGUGCGACCCUGUCAUCCAUACGCUUGCCACGUUGGCGCAAGCCCCUCCGAUGGCCGACCUUCUCGUGCAGCCUGCCGUCGAUACCGGAGCACAUGCGCCCCGGCUACAGCGUCGUCCUGCGCCUGUUCGGCGUGCUGAUGAUGGCGUCGCUGGUCUACGCCCUCCUCGUCACCUCCGUCCUUCCCCUCGGCCGUGGCGGCAUGGCGCCCUUCAAUCCCGAGUGGGCGCGCUCGUGGGCACAGUCGCAGAUCUCGGCGGAACGCAUCCGCGAAAACCUAAAGCAUAUUACCAGCAUCGAUCACGUUGCCGGGACCAAGGGCGACAAGUUUUUGGCUAAUUGGAUUGAGUCGUUCUUCACGCAGGCUGGCAUGGAUAAAGUUGCCACUCUGGAAUAUAAUGUCUACCUGAACUAUCCCGUCAAGGGUGGCCGGAGAGUCGCCAUCGUCGACCCCCCGCAAUUUAGAUACGAGGCCAAGCUUGAGGAGGAGCUGGUCAUGCCCGACAUCAGCCCUGAACAGCAGACGCUGGCUUUCCACGGACUCUCGAGGGCCGGAAAUGUCACUGCCCCGCUCGUCUACGCGAACUACGGCAGCCAGGAGGAUUUCAAGACACUGAGAGAUCGCGGGAUUGAUGUUAACGGUACAAUUGUAUUAGUUCGUUACUACGGCACCAUGUCAGACCGAGCGAUGAAGGUCAAAUUCGCGGAAGAGAAUGGGGCUAUUGGAUGUUUAAUUUAUUCGGACCCGAAGGACGACGGUUUCGUAAGAGGAGAUGUUUAUCCAGACGGAAGAUGGAGACCGGAAGACGGGGUUCAAAGAGGCUCGGUUGCUCGGUCCGCCUGGAUCGUUGGUGAUGUGCUUACUCCUGGCGUUGGAAGCGGGCUGGAUGCACCGCGGAUCAGCAAGGACAACAACCCGGCUUUACCCAACAUUCCCAGCAUGCCUAUCGCGUGGCGCGAUGCGAAGCCACUGCUGCAGGCGCUCAAGGGCCACGGCGACAAGGCACCCAAGCAUUGGGUAGGUGGCGUUCCGGAAGUCGACUGGUGGACCGGAGACAAGACCUCGCCGCUUGUGCUUCUCCAGAACGAGCAGGAUGAAGAGGAGAAACAACCUAUCUGGAACGUUAUGGGAGUCUUUGAGGGUGUCGAGGUGUCAGCCAAGAAGAUCUUUGUUGGCAACCAUCGCGAUGCCUGGUGUUUCGGAUCGGCUGACGCCGGAGGUGGAACGGCGGUCAUGAUGGAAGUCAUCACUGCGCUUGACUCUUUGGUCCAGCAAGGCUGGCGCCCCCUCCGGAGCAUUUAUUUCGCCUCUUGGGACGCUGAGGAGUACAACAUGAUCGGCUCGACAGAGUACGUGGAAGAUCAUAUCAAUGACAUUCGCGAGAAUGCCAUUGCCUAUCUGAAUGUCGACGUCGGCGUCGUGGGCGACAAAUUCCGGGCUUUGGGGUCUCCCCUUUUCCAAACAGCGCUCAAUCGGGUCUUGGCUCGUGUGGCAGACCCUCUGCAGAACAGGACCGUCGGCGAAAUCUGGAACGAACAAGGUGGCAAGCUGGAAGGCUUGGGUGCCGGCAGUGAUUACGUGGCGUUCCAGGAUCUUGCCGGGUGCUCCAGCAUCGACAUCGGGUUCGACGGGCCUGAGAAUGGCUAUCCAUACCACAGCUGCUACGAAACGUUCGACUGGAUGGACAAGUACGGCGAUCCUGGAUUCGUUUACCACGCUACGCUUGCGGAGAUUUGGGUGCUUCUCAUUCUCGAGCUCGCGCAAGAGCCGAUUUACCCGUUCGACAUGAGGGAAUACGGAAUGGCCGUCAAGAGAUUCAUCAAAGAUCUGGAGAAGUUCGCCGUCGGAAAGGAUGCAACGCAGGGCAAGCAGCUCAAUCUGAAGGCGCUGCGCGAGGCGGCCGACACGCUUGAGCAGAACGCGAAGGAGUUUGAGAGUUGGGAAGAUUGGUGGUGGGGCCAGUUCCGCGGACGGGCGGGCUACGAGACUAAUUCAAUGGGAAUGGAGCGGUUGUCGCACAACACGCGCAUGUCCAACUUUGAGACUCACUUGCUCGACCUGCCGGACGGCGGCAAAAACGUGGAUGAGGACGACGGCCAGCAGCACGGCAUUCCCGGGCGCGAGCAGUUUAAGCACAUCAUCUUUGGUCCGGACGCGUGGAGCGGAUACGACGAGGCUUACUUCCCAGCAGUACGAGACGCGAUUGAAGUGGGCAACUGGACAUUGGCACAGCAGCAGGUGGAUAAGGCUGCACGCAUUCUUUCCAAGGCGUCAGACAAGCUCCUGCAUUGA